UUCGUUGGUCUACUGCGACAACAUCAGCGCCGUCUACAUGUCCUCCAACCCGAUUCAGCAUCAACGCACCAAGCACAUUGAGAUCGAUCUUCACUUCGUGCGGGAGCGUGUUGCUGUUGAUGAUGUCCGCGUCAUGCAUGUUCCGACAUCGUCUUAGUACGCCGACAUCUUCACCAAGGGACUUCCGUCAUCGGUGUUCUCGGAGUUCAGGUCCAGUCUGAACGUUCGUGCUAUCGACGGUCAGACUGCGGGGGCAUGUUAGAGAGUUGUAUAGGCUGGCCCAUGGGCCUUUGGUUGUGCCGGCCAUAUUGGCCUUUAGGGUUGGGGCGCUCGCACUGUCCAGGUACGCCCCCCUAGGAUUAGAUCUAGUGAUUAGGAUAAGCAAGGAUCCCCUGAUAGGAUAUUUCCAUAUAUCUAGGCAUCCUUGCCUAUAUGUACUUGUACUCGUGCUUUGCACCCUAAUCAAUCCAAUCCUAUUUAGCCAUACCUUCCUUCAAUAACAAUCUUGAUCUACAUGACAAACAAAUUCCACAAAAUUAGAGAUAAUAUACCAAAUAUAAGUCAUGUACCGUGAUUGGCAGGUACACCUAAUGUUUCCAUCUAUAAGUCGGCCCCAGCCCCACAGUGAUGUCUAUAAAUAUGAGACAUAACCCUAAUCAGUUAAUCUCGUGAUUAACUUAAACACCAAUCAAUUAGAGCACUGCGAGGGGCUGGAAGCACGACUUCCUCGUCUACUUCGUGGCAGGCAUCAACAGAAGUUGCUGCUCAUCAUCGACAUCAAAGAACUUCAUCAACACAGAGAUCUAAAUCUCUCUAGUUGGUGAAGGUCAAGUCUGCUUCAUCUACAUCAACAAAUCUACAAGAACUGAGGCGUCCAUGAUGACUUCAGGCUCUGGUGUCAGGAAACCCCAUCAAAUUUGUAGGGCAAGGAGAAUGCAUUGAAGAUCUUGAGCCUUUCUAUCCAGAUCGUAUGGCAUAGCGUAUCCUGGGAAUGGGAGAUGUACUCUCAUUUGUUGAAAAAGCACAAGAAGUGAUGCGCCAAGAUGCAGAGGAAUUACAGAAGAAGAUCUUGAGUGCAAAAUUUAACUUCAAUGACUUUCUGAAGCACACACAAAUGAUUGCAAAAAUGGGUUCAUUCAGUCGUUUAAUUUGCAUGAUUCCAGGCAUGAACAAGGUUGCCCUGGCACAAAUUCGUGAAGCUGAGAAGAAUCUCAAGUUUAUGGAAUCAAUGAUCAAUGUGAUGACUCCUGAGGAAAGGGAAAGACCAGAAUUACUUGCUGAAUCACGUGAGAGAAGGAGAAGAGUGGCCAAGGAUUCUAGAAAGACUGAACAGCAGAAAAUGAUGGGUGCCAUGCAAGGAAAAGACUCUCCCAACAUGGACGAACUCAUGGAGUCAAUUAAGGCUGAGGAGCAGGGUGCUGCCGAUACUGGAAGGCGCAGGAGGAAGUAUGGCAACCUGAGGCAGCGGCAACUGGAUGUGAUGCGUAGUUUCCGCCGACGUUGAGAUGUUAAUUGGCGACUCUGACUGGCAGUGUCUGCCGUAUUCCUACCUGCUUAACUGCAUGAACGAUUGCAUCUCAGGGAUUUGGCUCGGAGUCAGAACUCGGAAAUGGGGAUGAAGUGCUUUCGGGUGCUCUGCAGUUAGAAUUGCAUCUGGAUACAUUUACUCUGCCUAGCGGCUGUGUGCGGCUGACUGCCAUAUCAGCUACAAUACCUUUUGCCAUGGUAGUUGUUCUAGUUAUUUUAUGGUGAUUCCUCACUGAGACAUUUUCAUUGUGCUCUCAUUUUGCCACACUUGAUUUGGAGUAGCUUAUGCCCUUUCUCUUGAAAAAAAAAGGAUAAACACAUUAUUGUUCAA